CCUCGGGCAGCCAGGAGGACGUCCAGACACAAGGACAGACAGAAGCCAUGAAGUACACCACAGGUGAGAGUCUGUUUUUAUACGUCUAGUCACAAGGACAAGAGGAUAUAAUGUUUAAUGUAUACUUUUGGCACAAGGCCUUUCUCAAGACCAGUCUCCAUUGUUUUCUAUGUUAAGACACAGACACGUUCCUCCGCUUCACUAGGCUGGUCUUGCUUUAGAAAUCGAAUGAGUACACAAUAUGAGAUUUGUAUAUUCAAAUAGCAUUUUACGUAACCUUUAGGUAUAUUCUGAAAUGCUUUCUCUCUGUGAGUCAGUGUGAGUGUGUUCUAAAGUGUGUUUAAUCAUUGGUGAUUAAAGGUAGCCUUCUGUGUUGUGUGACAGUGCUGGAAAUGUAUGUCUACCUCUGCGAAGUAACAAGUUUGAUUCUAAAAUGAAAAUGACUGGAUUAUACAUUUUAGUGUUUUUUUGAUGAAUAAUUAAUUCUGAACUGCUACCCCCUCAGCAUACAUUAAUAUGCUAGCCUACAUUGACUGCUGUAUCCAAAAUAAACAUGUUGACGGUCAACAUACAACAUGGGUAGUCCUUGCUAGGUCUACCCAUAAUAGAGAAUUUAAAAAGGCCCUGUGAUAAAAGCUGUUUGGUCCCUCUACAGCUAGAAUAAUGACAGUCAGCAGAUAGCUGGGAACACGACACUGCAGAUAUCACAACUAACAACCUGACAGACUGCACAGACCUCUCCUUGCCAAGAGGUUGAAUGUAGGUAUGUGUUGUCAGUGUGUGUGUGCAACUGUCGAGCUUGAAGGGAUGAAUUCUGCAUACAAAUGAGAAAUGCUUGUAUAAGGGCUGGCAUGCUGUGGCAUGUGAGUGGGAGUAUCCUCCUCCUCCUAAUAUUAGUCAUUAGGCCAGGUUAGGAUAUGCAUGAUGAAAGAUGGAGCCAAACCUUAGAAUGACAGUAAUAAGUAAUGAAUGACUUGACUGCCUAUCAAAUGCUAUAUUGUGACACGGGUCCUCGCUUCUAAUAUUGAAGUUUUUCUCUCAGUAUGAUUCAUUCAUCAAAGUAAUAUUUAAGGACAUUUGCUGUACAGCUAAAGGGCUGGAUGCUGGAGAGACAUGACAUCUUUGAGCUAAUGAUCACCUGUGACUGUGUCCAGUGAUGCUCAUGCAUCCGGACAGGGCCGGGGGAUCAUACAGUGCCUUCAGAAAGUAUUCAUACCACUUGACUUUUUCCACAUUUUGUUGUGUUACAGCCUGAAUUCAAAAUAGAUUAAAUAGAUAUGUUUCUCACCCAUUGUCACACAAUACCCCAUAAUGACAGAGUGAAAACAUGUUUUUAGAAUUCUUUUCACAAUUUAUGAAAAUAAAGUGCAGAAAUAUCUAAUUUACACCCAAGUCAAUACUUUGUAAAAGCCCCUUUGGCAGUGAUUACAGCUGUGAGUCUUUCUGGGUAAGUCUCGAAGAGCUUACCACACCUGGAUUGUGCAAGAAUUUUCUAAAUUCUUCAAGCUCUGUCAAAUUGGUUGUUGAUCAUUGCUAGACAACCAUUUUCAGGUCUUGCCAUAGAUUUUCAAGUAGAUUUAAGUCAAAACCUAACUCGGCCACUCAGGAACAUUCACUGUCUUCUUGGUAAGCAACUCUAGUGUAGAUUUGGCCUUGUGUUUUAGGCUAUUGUCCUGCUGAAAGGUGAAUACAUCUCCCAGUGUCUGGUGGAAAGCAGACUGAACCAGGUUUUCCUCUUGGAUUUUGCCUGUGCUUAGCUCCAUUCCAUUUCUUUUUUAUCCUGAAAAACUCCCCAGUCCUUAACGAUUACAAGCAUACCCAUAACAUGAUGCAGCCACCACUAUGCUUGAAAAUAUGGAGAGUGGUACUCAGUAAUGUGUUGUAUUGGAUUUGCCCCAAACAUAACACUUUGUAUUCAGGACAAAAAGUGAAUUGCUUUGCCACUUUUUUUUGUGCCUUUGCAAGCAGGAUGCAUGUUUUGGAAUAUUUGUAUUAUGUACAGGCUUCCUUCUUUUCACUCUGUCAAUUAAAUUAGUAUUGUGGAGUAACUACAAUGUUGUUGAUCCAUCCUCAGUUUUCUCCUAUCACAGCCAUUAAACUCUAACUAUUUUAAAGUCACCAUUGGCCUUAUGGUGAAAUCCCUGAGCGAUUUCCUUCCUCUCCGGCAACUGAGUUAGGAAGGACGCCUGUAUUUUGAAUGUCUACCAAUAGGUAUCCUUCUUUGUGGUUGAAUCUGUGUUUGAAAUUCACUGCUCGGUUGAGGGACCAUACAAAUAAUUGUAUGUGUGGGGUACAGAGAUGAGGUAGUCAUUCAAAAAUCAUGUUAAACAGUAUUAUUGAGUCCAUGCAACAUAUUAUUUGACUUGAUAAGCACAUUUUUACUCUUAAACCGAUUUAGGUUUGCCACAGCAAAGGGAUUGAAUACUUAUUGACUUAAGACAUUUCAAACUUUUCACCUUUUCUUAAUUUGUAAAAAUGUCAAAAAACAUAAUUCCACUUUGACAUUAUGGGGUAUUGUAUGUAGGCCAGUGACAUUAAAAAAAAUAUUUAAUCAAUUUUAAAUUUAGGCUGUAACAGAACAAAAUGUGGAAAAGGGCAAGGGGUGUGAGUACUUUCUGUAGGCACUGUAUCUCAGUUAGAGAUGAGUAACCUGGAUGUUUGGAUCAAGGACACAGGUCAUUCCUGGAAUCAUUACUGCAGGGAUUUUUGUCACUCUUUUUUCUGUCAUUCUAGGUCUUGAGGAUGCAAUGGAAUUUCCACGGUAAGAGUGAUUAUAGUUUUUUGUUUUGAUGGCUACAAAUUGGACUAGAGACAAUUUGCAUAAUUCAAAAUAUGACAUUAGCGAAUAUGUCACUAUCACACAUUUUGGGCAUCCUUUGGGCCACUUCAUGUUUCAACUUUGACCUUUUCAUUUUCCUCACUCAAAGAUUCACCUUCAAUCCAAAAGAGGGGAUCGACAAUCCAGCCUUAUGCAUCUCAGACGACCCUGGUAAGGUUUGAGAACGAACACAUCCAAAAUGAUCCAUUAUUUUCCAACGCAUGGAAGAUGGUCUGUCUAACACUAGUUCAUCAAUCAUAGUAAUCAAGAUGCCUCACUUCUUUAGGUGUCCAUGCACAAUGCCCAUCCUAUGUCAAUGGCAGUGUUUUGUCUUGCCCUCCAGAUCCAGACCUGAGUCCGGUACCCCGCCUGUGCCAGAUAAAGUGCAAAGAGGGCCAGAGUUUGGGCUUCAAUCUGCGUAUGGAGAGGAGCUGCCGGGGCUAUGUUGUCCGCCAGGUGGAUCCGUGGAGUCCUGCAGAGCUCAGUGGACUCAAGGACGGGGACCGUGUGCUGGAGGUCAACGAGGACUUUGUCGACAACAUGGAGUUCCCCAGGGUGAGAACCGGACAUAUCUUUAUACAUUUUAGUCAUUUAGCAGACGCUCUUAUCCAGAGCGACUUACAGUUAGUGAGUGCAUACAUUUUUUCAUACUGGCCCCCCGUGGGAAUCAAACCCACAACCCUGGCAUUGCAAACGCCAUGCUCUACCAACUGAGCUAUACGGGCAACCAGUGGAAUCAUUGUGCACACAUUUCUUAAAGCUUUGGCACACAGAUUUCAAUUCUGUAUGUAAUGUGGGUCUGCUUCAUCAUAUGUGGGUCAGAACCAGACUUUAAGAGACCUGAGAUAACCUCUUCUCUUACAAUGUCUCCAACAGUGUCCUCUGCCUCGCUUUCAUUUGAAAAUGAGCCACAUUGUUCAAAAUGUACAAUAUGUGCCAAAUACUUGGCUUCAAUACGAAAGACUAGCGUCCUGUCCGGGGGGUGCAUAAUAUAAUAUAAUAAUAUGCCAUUUAGCAGACGCUUUUAUCCAAAGCGACUUACAGUCAUGCGUGCAUAAUUAUUUAUUUUUUUGUGUAAGGGUGGUCCCGGGGAUCGAACCCACUACCUUGGCAUUACAAGCGCCGUGCUCUACCAGCUGAGCUACAGAGGACCACGGGUUUGCACAUCAAGCUUCCCCGCGCUACAUAAACAGGCUCUUGCCUUAUGGGCCAUUCUGGCUCGGACAAGACUUACCGACUUGGUCUAAACAGAGUAUUUCUCUUAGCUGCAGCAUGUUCUGCUCUGAUUGACAGGUGGUGCAGAGGAUCCAGGCGUGUGGGCUGCAGCUGUUCCUGCUGGUUCUGUCGGGGGAGGAGUAUAAGGAGGCGCUGGCCCAGGGACUGGACCUCCAGGCUCUGACCAGGGCUUACCGAGGGGAGACGUGUUCCCGGCCCAGGCUGUGCCACAUCACCAGAGACCCUGUCUUAGGUCUGGGGAUCAGCAUCAUCCCCAUUGAAGGUAGCUAUGAGUUAUUAAUUCCGUCAUCUUUUUUGGCAGAUAAUUUGCUAGACAGUAAGAAGGAGAGAGGGGGAGAUGGGGAGGCAGAUAAGGGUGGAUAAAGGUUGAUAUAGGGUUAGGGUUAGCCAAGAGACGGUCGAGAGAUGGUGAUGUUUGCCACUGAAUCAACUCUGGCAUCUUUCUCAUCUUUUCAAUAUCAAAAUCUUGUGCAGAGUUAAUGUAAAUGUUUAGGCCUGCAUAGUAUGAUUAUGAGGCUGAAAAUAUUUGGCAUGGGCCCUCAGCUGCACCAUUGAGAGCAUCUUGACUGCACUCUUAGAAAAAGGGUUCCAAAAGGGUUCUUCGGCUGUCCCCAUAGGGAGAACCCUUUUUGGUUCCAGGUAGAACUAUUUUGGGUUCCAUGUAGAACCCUCUUUGUAAAGGGUUCUCCAUGGAACUCAAAAGGGUUCUACCUGGAAUCAAAUAGGGUUCUUCAAAGGAUUCUCCUAUGGGGACAGCCAAAGAACCCUUUUAGGUUCUUGAUAACAGGUCUCUCUUUAUGUAGUGUUGUGGUGUCUCUCUUGUCGUGAUGUGUGUUUUGUCCUAUAUUUUUAUUUUUUAAUCCCAGCCACUGUCCCCGCAGGAGGCAAGUUGCCUUUUGGUAGGCCGUCAUUGUAAAUAAGAAUUUGUUCUUAACUGACUUGCUUAGUUAAAUAAAGGUUAAAUAAAAUAAAAUAAACACCUUUUUCUCUAAGAGUGUGGCUGCAUCACUGCUUGGAAUGGAAACUGCUCGGCAGCCGACCGUAAGGCGCUACAGAGGGUAGUGCGUACGGCCCAGUGCGUACGGCCCAGUACAUACAGGCGGUGUCAGAGGAAGGCCCUAAAAAUUAUCAAAGACUCCAGCCACCCAAGUCAUAGACUGUUCUCUCUUAUACCGCACGGCAAGCGGUACCGGAGCGAAGUCUGGGACCAAAAGGCUCCUGAACAGCUUCUACCCCCAAGCCAUAAGACUGCUGAACAGUUCAUCAAAUGGCUACUCUGACUAUUUGCAUACACCCCCUUUCUUUUGCACUGACAUUCUUGCACUGGCUCUAUGCACACUCACUGGACUCUACCCACACACUCACACUAUACUGACACUCCAACACACACACACUUCAUACGCUCACACACACACACAUGCAUAUUGACGCCACACACAUACACUCACACAGACACACUUUCACACUUUUCACAUAUGCUGCUGCUACUUUGUUCAUUAUCUAUCCUGAUUGCCUAGUCACUUUUAGCCUACCUACAUGUACAUACAGUGCCUUCGGAAAGUUUUCAGACCCCUUGACUUUUUCCACAUCUUGUUACGUUACAGCCUUAUUCUAAAAUGGAUUAAAAAUAAAUAAAUCCCCAGCAAUAUACACACAAUAUACAACUGCAGCAUUGAGGGUCCUCAAGAACACAGUGGCCUCCAUCAUUCUUAAAUGGAAGAAGUUUGGAACCACCAAGACUCUUCCCAGAGCUGGCCACCCGGCCAAACUGAGCAAUCGGGGGAGAAGGGCCUUGGUCAGGGAGGUGACCAAGAACCCGAUGGUCAGUCUGACAGAGCUCUAGAGUUCUUCUGUGGAGAUGGGAGAACCUUCCAGAAGGACAACCAUCUCUGUAGCACUCCACCAAUCAGGCCUUUAUGGUAGAGUGGCCAGACGGAAGCCACUCCUCAGUAAAAGGCACAUGACAGCCCGCUUGGAGUUUGCCAAAAGGCACCUAAAGACUCUCAGACCAUGAGAAACAAGAUUCUCUGGUCUGAUGAAACCAAGAUUGAACUCUUUGGCCUGAAUGCCAAGCGUCACCUCUGGAGGAAACCUGGCACCAUCCCUAUGGUGAAGCAUGGUGGUGGUAGCAUCAUGCUGUGGGGUUGUUUUUCAGCGGCAGGAACUGGGAGACUUGUCAGGAUUGAGCCAAAGAUGAACGGAGCAAAGAGAGAUCUUUGAUGAAAACUUGCUCCAGAGCGCUCAUGACCUCAGACUGGGGCAAAGGUUCACCUUCCAACAGGACAAUGACCCUAAGCACACAGCCAAGACAACGCAGGAGUGGCUUCGGGACAAGUCUCUGAAUGUUCUUGAGUGGCCCAGCCAGAGCCCGGACUUGAACCCGAUCGAACAUCUGUGGAGAGACCUGAAAAUAGCUGUGCAGCAACACUCCCCUUCCAACCUGACAGAGCUUGAGAGGAUCUGCAUCAAAGAAUGUAUACAGGUGUGCUAAGCUUGUAGCGUCAUACCCAAGAAGACUCAAGGCUGUAAUCGCUGCCAAAGGUGCUUCAACAAAGUACUGAGUAAAGGGUCUGAAUACUUAUGUAAAUGUGAUAUUUCAGGUGUUUUGUCUUGCGUCUGUGUGUAGCGGUAGGAUGGAAUCAGGCGCAGGACACAGAACUAUAAAAACGAAGUUAUUUACUGGAACAAAAAUAGCAGAGCAAAUCCUCCAUGCAGGGAAGAGCAAAUACCGGCUCACCAAAAGACAGCAAAACAACGAACAAUCACUCACAACACCAUGAGGGAACCAGAGGGUAAAAUAGGGAAACAAAUUAACAUAAUGGGGAACAGGUGUGAUGAAUACAGACAAGACAAGGGUAACACAGAAAACAUCGAUCGGUGGCAGCUAGUACUCUGGUGACGACGAACGCCGAAGCCUGCCCGAGCAAGGAGGAGGGGCAGCCUCGGCUGAAUUCGUGACAUGUUUAUUUUUAAUAAAUUUGCAAAAAUGUCUAAAAACCUGUUUUUGCUUUGUCAUUAUGGGAUAUUGUGUGUAGAUUGAUGAGGGGGGAAAAAAAACGAUUUAAUACAUUUUAGAAUAAGGCUGUAACCUAACAAAAUGUGGAAAAAGUCAAGGGGUCUGAAUACUUUCCGAAGGCACUGUAUUACCUCAAUUACCUCAACUACCUCGUACCCCUGCACAUUGACUCGGUACCAGUACUCCUUGUACAUAGCCUCGGUAAUGUUAUUUUAUUGUGUUACAAUUUCCUUUUUUUCUUAUUAGCUAAUUUUUGUAGACUUUUUAACACUGCUUUGUUGGGAAAGGGCUCAUAAGUAAGCAUUUCACUGUAAAGUCUACACCUGUUGAAUUCAGCGCAUGUGACAAAUAACAUUUGAUUUGAUUUGAUUACCGACGAGAGGAUCUCAGUGAAGGUGUUUGAUUGUGUCUGUUUGUAUCUCACCAGGUCAGAAGGGCCGAUACAUGUUGAGCACAGUAAGUGAGGGUCCUGCAGAGAGGGCAGGGGUGCGUAGUGGAGAUAGACUGGUGUGGAUAAACGGGGCCAGAGUAUCAACGCUCACCCAUUCAGCUAUCAGUAAAAUGGUAAGCAUACAGGCCCUCCUUCUCAGAAAUGCUCUUGGUAAAUAAACCCACAUGGCAGAUGUGUGUGUGUGUGUCUCUGUGUGUGUCUCUGUGUGUGUCUCUGUAUGUGUCUUAGUAUGUCUGUGUGUGUGCACGUGCAAGCAUGUUCCUCACUUCUCCCUCACGUUUAGCUCUUUGUACUGCUCAGGUGAAGAAAUGUAGCGUCUAUGUGACCGUCCUAGUCAUCGACAGAGAAAGUGAAGCGAGCUACAUCCGGCGGAAACUUCCCAUCUUGCCUAUCAUGGCCGGCUCUCACAACCUGCCACACAGACCCACAACGAUGCAUCUGGUGCAGGGGUCAGAUGGAUACGGCUUCCUAUUACGACAAGAGAGGUUGUCAUCAGGGGGUCGUAUUGGUGAGAAUGAUGCACACAUAUGUACACAUCAGGUGAUAAUAAAUAUGUUUUUUUUGCUAGAAACUUCCAUUUGUUGCAUGCAUGACCAUGUUACAAGCACCUACUAUGACCAGCGUAUAAUGUCUUAUUAUCAUCUCUUAAUGAUCCUGACUAAAUAACAGUCAUUCUAAGUCCGUACAAAAUGUGCUGCAUUGACAGACAUACUAUACACAUUACAAACAAGUAAUAAGCAUUAUACCUGCUGGCUGAGCUGAAUUUUUUGCUGUCGAUUCCAGCUCACCUACUCCGUGAGGUGGAUGUGGGGAGUCCAGCAGAAGAGGCUGGUAUGCAGGAUGGAGACUUGCUGCUGGCGGUCAAUGGGCAGCCUUCAGAGUCCAUGGAGCAUGAGGAUAUCGUCAGGAAAGUGAGGAAGAGUGGCAAGCGGGUUAGCCUCACCACCAUAUCCAUACACGGAAGAGACUUCUACACACAGGUGUGUAAGCGGACGGAGGGCCAUGUGCAGUUUGGAGAAUAGGAGUUAGGCGAGUUCUGGUGUUAGAAUAUUGAUUGUUUAAGAAUUGUGUCAACUAAAAAUACCUUCCCAGUCAAAAACACUGUCUGUUCUGUUUCCUACUGCAGUUGGGUCUAUCUCCCCUGCUAUUCCAUGAGGACAGUCUGCCAGAAGCAGAGGGGAUGAGGAAGACAGAGUCCCCUUGCGCUGAGAUUCAGGAUGGGCUGAGGAAAAACGAGCAUGGCUCACUUCCCUGUCCAAGACUCUGUGUCCUCCAGAGAGAAGAAUCAGGCUUUGGGUUUAAUCUGGGCUGUGUUCAACAUGAGCCAGGAACUUUCAUAGGCCAGGUAUUCCUUCGAACAUCAACAACAUAACACCCUGGUCAUCUAUCUCUCUCUCAUAUAUUUGUUGUAAUCUCUAUCAUUAUGGGCGGCAGGUAGCUUAGUGGUUAAGAGCGUUGUGCCAGUAACCGAAAGGUCGCUGGUUCUAAUCCCCGAGCCGACUAGGUGAAAAAUCUGUCGAUGUGCCCUUGAGCAAGGCACUUAACCCUAAUUGCUCCUGUAAGUCGCUCUGGAUAAGAGCGUCUGCUAAAUGACCAAUUAAUUAAUUAAUUAAUUAUGUUUCCUGCCAUAAAUAGGCAAUUUGAAAAAUCCCCAAUCAAAGUUGCACUAAUGAGUAACAGCUAUCAUCAAUCAACAGUUCCUGAUAUUGAUCUGCUGUGUUGUUUUCCACAAGCAUUGCUAUAAUGAGGAGGGCAGGUGUUAAGAUGGUUCCUAUGAGAAAUGAGUGACACGGUUAUGACUACAGUUUUCUUUUGUCCUGCAGGUGGUGGUAAAGGGCUCAGGACAUAGGGCUGGACUGUGGGAAGGGGAUGUAGUUGUGGAGGUGAAUGGCCAGAAUGUGGAGAAUGAGUACUUUGAGGACGUUGUGAUGCUGAUAAAGAAGAGCGAGACAUCUUUGAAAUUACUGGUUGUGGAGAGGUCAGGGUAUGAGAGACUCAAACAAAGUGGGCUUCCAAUCACUCCUGGGGUCAUACUCCACAGCACUCAGGUGAAGAACGCUCACAUGUACGCACGCACAUAGACACAGAUACAAAUAUGAAUACAGAAACUACAGAAUGAGAUCAAUAAUACUUCAUAAUCUAAUGCGUUGCAGGUUUUAGAGAAAACGAAUGAUGCUUUCCUGUGAUGGAAUGCUGAGAAGUAACCAAAGUCACACUGCAAAACAAUGCAGAAUGAAAUCAAUGAAGCCGUUCCCUCUACUUCUGAAUGCAACCUGAAAGAGAAGUGCUGAAAUAGAUGCCUGGCCUUGGCUACAUCCCAAAUGGCAUCCUAUUCGUUAUAUAGUGCUAUGGGUCCUGGUCAAAAGUAGUGCACUA